AGCAGCCCAGCCUAACUUGGCCUUAUCUUAUCGUGGUUGCUACGGGAACUCGGUUGAUCGCCUUGCUUCUUCCAAUUCCCCUUGUAAACACUUUUCCCAAAGCUGACUGGUUGGACGACAUUUGCUUCGCCGUGUCCGGGAUGAUGACUUGCAGUUGAGGCUCGCCAAUCUGUCGUCCACGCCCUUGUCAAUCUGUCAAUAUCGGUCACGCCAGCCCACCAGAACGCGAGAAACAAGCGCGACUAGGCAGACCACUUUGAAAUACGGACCGUGAAUUCAAGUCAACAACCCCUCCAUCAUCACCCUUCGUCUCUCGAAUGCGGCGCAACAUCCCUUCCCAUUACACAACCUAAAUCCGCACAUUCCACCGCGGACAACAUGGACGCCCAACAAACGUCACACAGCCUUUUCGAGGUUUACCUUCGUCUGCGCCCAACCAACACCGUAUCGACCUCUGGCGAUCGCUUCCUCGACGUUGAUGCCCCAGAACCAGGCGAGAGCGCACCGAAGCACAUCACUCUGAAUCCGCCAGCCGAUCGGCGGCGCGCAGUCGAAAAGUUCGCUUUUACUCAGGUCUUUGAGGAGGAUGCCACACAGCUCGAUGUUUUCCACUGUACGGGAGUUGCCAGCCUCGUCGAGGGUGUGCUUGCUCCCUAUGGCGAUGGAACGGAUGCCUUGUUGGCGACGCUGGGAGUGACGGGGUCUGGAAAGACACACACCAUGCUGGGAACACGCACCCAGCGCGGCCUCACCCAAAUGUCUCUCGACCUUAUCUACCGUUCGCUCGGCCACCGCGUCCUUGAUCCCUCUACAUACCCAAACCUCGACCAGUCCCUCAACGCAUCCGAUCCGUCAGAAGCCAGCAUACUUCCAGCCACGGCCUACCUCGAGUCGGUCUAUAGCACAGAUCCAACGACAUCCUUCCUGCGCGGAAGCGGCAAUGGCCGAUCGACACCUCUACAAGUACGACCUUCCGCUUCUCUCUCUUCUCGAUUUCCAACCGACAAGCCUAUUUGUCGGACCUCUUCUACUUCCUCUGUCGCGCACCAGUUCGGCGCAAGAACACCAGCUGGACCCUUUCAACAAGCCCAGCGGUCGGCAAGUAUCCGACUAGUCGUUCCCGAGGAACCAGAACAAGAAGAACAAGAAGAGUCAACUGUGUUCUUCACGCCUCCUAGUCGAGCUGGGACUGUAACUCCCACACAGAAAACAACAAGCAGGCUUCCGUGCCCAAGUCCAAGCGGACUUGUUUACAAGCCCAGCAACUCCCCUUCUCCCCAACGAGGUAGUCGACUUCCAGCCUACCAACCCCAGCGGGUUGGCACUUCUCCUACUAAGCUACAGCAGCAGCGCCUCCGGCCUGUUGCCUCUGCUACACUUCCACGCUUCACAGCUACCUCUUCCCUUCGUUUUGCGACUACCACAGCAGCAACUAAACCCUCUAACCUUCACCAACAGAACGAUUCGUCCACUCCACGCCGCUUCCGCCCUUCCGCCCUCCCCCAGAACCCGGACAUCACCCAUUUAACGGUCCCCUGCGACAAGUCAGCCGAGUACGCCAUCGUCAUCUCCAUGUACGAAGUCUACAACGACCGCAUCUUCGAUCUCCUUUCUCCACCCGUAAAAUCGGCCGCCACCAAAGAAUACCGUCGCCGACCAUUGCUGUUCAAACCCACCGAGCUCUCGCCCGAGCGAAAGGUGGUAGCGGGACUACGAAAGGUGGUUUGCGGAAGCCUCGAUCAGGCAUUGAUGGUCUUGGAAGCGGGUUUGCAAGAGCGAAGGGUAGCAGGGACGGAGAGUAAUACGCAGAGUUCGCGGAGUCACGGGUUUUUCGUGGUGGAAGUGAAAAAGAGGUUUUCGCUUGGUGGGCAGCACACAGGAUGGUAUGGAGGCGCAGGAUGGGCGGGGAAUUCGCUGUCGAUCGUGGAUCUUGCGGGCAGUGAGAGGGCCAGAGACGCAAAGACGGUCGGACAUACAUUGGCGGAGGCGGGCAAGAUCAACGAGAGCUUGAUGUAUCUGGGGCAGUGUUUGCAGAUGCAGGUGGCAGGUGGGAAGGAAAAGCCAAACCUAGGUCUAAUUCGCCGGUGCAAACUGACCGAGCUGCUGUUCACCAACUCGUUCCCCACGGGCAACAACCAGCAGCAGCAUCGAAACCCCCAGAAAGGCAUAAUGAUAGUCACCGCUGACCCCCACGGCGAUUUCAACGCGACCUCUCAAAUCCUUCGCUACUCCGCCCUAGCAAAGGAGGUCACCGUCCCUCGCCAGCCGCCCUCGUUCCCUCCCUCCAACUCCUUCUCCAACUCUUUACCGCCUAUCGGCAGCCCAAAUCAUCAAUACCUCUCCUUCCAACAAACUCUCGAAUCCGCCGCCCUCGAGAUAUCCAGGCUACAAGAAGACCUGACCUACCUCCGGCACGCCCUCGACUCGGAACGCAGCCUACGCGAACAGGCCGAAGCGCAUUUGUUGAGCAUGGAAGACAAAAUGGUCGAACUGGAGCAGGCGAUACGCGAAGAUUGCGCGGAAGAGUUUGAGAAGAGGUUAGAAUUGGAGGUGAACAGGUGGAAGACGAUUGUAGAUGGGGAGAGGGAGAGGGGGGAAGAGUUUUGGAGGGGGAAGUGGGGUGUUUUCGAGCGGAUGGUUGAGGCUGAUGGGGAUGUCGACAUGGAUAUGGAUGUUGACAGCCCGAAGAAGCCAGAAGUGGGAAUGAUGGGGCAUGAGGACACGACGCUGGUGGAAACGAGAACAGCGGAAGCAGCUGCGGAAAACAGAGAGGUCCGACGACGGCUGGAAAUCCUUGCCGACGAAAACGAGCGGUUAGAGAGGGAGAACCAAUCGCUAAAACAGGCUUUGGCGGCUUGUAUUGAUCCCGCCAAGUCAACCAGCAAGAACAAGUCGCCGAGUCGGAGGUCACCCAGUCGCAGUCGGAGGAAGAAGGCUCAGCUGAACUAUGCGGAGGAUGAUGAUGGGUUCUUUCAGGAGUUGAAGAGGGAUCAGCACAAGGAAGAGGAUAUGGCCAUGGAUGGGUUUGGCGAAGGGAAUGGAGUCAGCGGUAGUCACGGGACUGGAAGUCCGACGAAGAAGAAGAGGAUCAGGAGGUUGGGAGCAAAGAAAUGGGGGCAGGGGUUGGAUGAUGAUGAUCCUUUCUAGAUGAUAUCCGGAAGGGAACGGCAACUGAACAUCAUGGUGUUUUCUGGACGGUUAAAGUACCUUUCGUGUCGAUUCAUUGUACGAUUCCGGUACAUAUAGUGGUUUCAGGAAGCGUGUCGGGUUAUUAAGGGAAAGGGAAUUUCAUGGGUGACAUCUGUUUAUACCCUCUUCUUUGUUUGAGUCUUGUUUCGAUACUCACAUAGCAUAACACUACUGACAGAGAUCAACAUCAGUGUUGUCGCCGUCAAGGACCUUCGUUUUCUGAUGGGCCAUUCAUGUUCUUGCCUGGCGUUUCUGGCUAUAGCGACGCUCUUCUGUCUUCUCUUUGGCUUCAACCGGUAGCAGGCCUGCGACGUGGUAUUAAUAGGGGCAUCCCGCCGCUCGUCAAGGUAUUCUAACUCCCUUUAACCCCUUAGUUGCCCAAAACAUGUCAAC